AUGGCUGUUACGUUCUCAAUUCUCAACACAGAAUCUAGCCUUAAGGCCCUUAAUGAGUUUCUCUCCGACAAAUCUUACAUCUUCGGGGAUCAAUUGACAAAAGAUGAUAUUAAGGUGUACGCAGCUAUUUUGGAGAAAUCGAGCGAUCUGUACACUAAUGCCAGUCAGUGGUAUGAGAGUGUUUCCUCGAAGCUAGCAACCAACUUUCCAAGGAAUGCUAUAGGAGUGAGAAUUGGAGGCCAGGCUGCUCCUGCUGAAGCCGCACCAAUUAAGGAGGAAGCCAAGGAGCUUGCUGGUAUGAUGAUGACGAUCAGUAUUGGAUCCCAGUAG